AUGGCUGUGUGGGGCCUGGGCAGUCGCCUUGCCCUGCGCAGGUGCGUGGGCGCUGGCAAGAUACUGUGUGUCGGUUUCCAGAGCCGCGGCCCUCAGAGCGUGGAAAAUGAGACUAGGUCACAACUGACCUCGAAGACAUCCAAGAUCCCUAAAAUUUACACUAAAACAGGAGACAAAGGGUUUUCUAGUACUUUCACGGGAGAAAGAAGAUCCAAAGAUGAUCAUGUGUUUGAAGCUGUUGGAACGACAGAUGAAUUAAGUUCAAUUAUCGGGUUUGCAAUGGAAUUAAUUGCAGAAAAAGGCCACACAUUUGCUGAAGAGCUUCAGAAAAUCCAGUGCACCCUGCAGGAUGUCAGCGCUGCCCUUGCCACGCCCCGCUCCUCUGCCAGGGAGGCGCACUUAAAACACACCGCAUUCACCGAGGGGCCAGUCCUGGAGCUGGAGCAGUGGAUAGACAAGUAUUCCAGUCAGCUCCCUCCACUCACGGCCUUCAUUCUGCCUUCAGGGGGCAAGAGCAGCUCUGUGCUGCACUUGUGCCGGACCGUGUGCCGCCGAGCUGAGAGACGCGUGGUGCCUCUUGUCCAGAUGGGAGAAACGGAUGCCAACGUGGCCAAAUUCUUAAACAGACUCAGUGAUUACCUCUUCACGGUAGCCCGGUUCGCAGCCAUGAAGGAGGGCAACCAGGAAAAGAUCUACAAGAAACCCUGA